AUGUCCCAGGAGCGGCCUGAACCGCCUUCGGGAGCGGACUCUCCAGAAGAGCUCGUUGCCCACGUUACCAAUAACCCGUCUGACUGGCUGUUAUACUUGUGCCAUAUCAAUGGCUAUGCUGCCGCCUUGAAGGAAGAGAACGAUUUCUUCCGUCUCGCCGAAUCUGACCAUGAUAACUCCCUCCAGUCCCUCCGAUCAACUAUUGCCAAACAAGAGGGAAUUAUUGAAUACCAAAAGUAA